AGUGUUCAUUUUUCUUUGUAAAGGAGUACAUCAUGAGCUGAUCGAUAGAGGCAAUAAAACGCCUAAAUGAUCAGAAAAACAACUGAAACUGAACUGAAAUUGUAAUUUGCUUAUCAGAAUUGAUCAAGAUCUCAAAAUUCCUGCUGCAGAUUUUAACGGAGCCAUUCUUGCUAAAAAAAUUAGAAAAACAAUGCAAGAAUGUAAAUGAUAAUAUUUUUGAUCCCAAAUAAUUUCCAAUCGCAACAUUUCCAAAUGGUUUUUAUGCUCCCGCAAAUUUCAAUCAAAUUUUAACUGGAUAAUCUGAUGAAGGGACUUCUGACUGUAACCUCGGUUACUAUGAUACUUCCGACGUUCUGGUUAAUCUAUAAUUGCUGGACUGAUUCAACGCGUAGGCUUUUUUAAUCAAGUGAGCAUAGUGUCAAGUUACCCAGUUCAUUGUUUUUCGACCCAAAUGGCAAUUAAUUCUGUUUUUAAUGUUCACUUAUCCUGUUGCGGUAUUGCUUGUUUUCAAUAUUUUGCUGGACGCAUAUAUUCGAUAUCUGCUUAGUAGCAAAUGCUUGACUAAACGUUCAAGAGCCCAAGGAGCAGGUGGGUGGAUGUGAGACGAUUAAUUUCAAUUUCAGCUAACAGAAAAGUGAUAUUUUCCAAGACUCUUUAGCUUUAUUUUUGUCUCUUUAAUCGUCUGAAAGGGUCGAGUGAUGCAUGAUUUUAACGCCCUUGCAGUCGUUCGAACCCCAUAAAAAUGUUCCAAAAAAUUCUUCGCCGUAGAGAAAAACAGCUUUAAAGUUAUCUAAUCGCCAAGCGGUAUUUCAUACGGAAAUAAAGCGCUAAAACUUAGUUUUACUCCGGUUUUAUUUUAGUUUUUGAACAUUUAGUUAGCACCUUCGUGACAUGAAGAAAAUACCUAAAAUACAAAUAAAAAACUUCAUAAAAUGUAAAAAAAAAAUUGAAUACUUUUUCGGUCAAUUUUUGAUAAAAACAACUAUAUAUAUAUAUAUAGAAAGGCUCCUCUGUCAUUUUCGUCUUGAAUUCUACAGAAAGUACCUCUAGUUCGCCCAUGUAGAGUUAGCGAAAUGCUAGCUUACGUUUAUUGCAGCCAAUACACGGUUAAUUUUAGUGUCUGAUGUCUUAGAAUUGGAAUCAUCUGGUUAGCCAAUGGAAACUUACAGUUUAUUAAAAACAGAUUACAUUCUUGCAGGAAGCGAAGAAGACGUCCGCUCGGAAAUAUGUUUCACUGUUGCUAAUUUUUUCGGUUUUGAACUGGAACGAAGGAAUCAAUUGGGGAAUGAAACUUAUAGCGAAUUAAUUCCACCGAUACUCGUUGAAGAAGGUGCACCCUUCUUGCAUUCGGGUCUGUGUAUUUGUGCUCGUCUUCUUUUGAUGUCAUCAAAUGAUCACACCUUAACAUCCCUGCUGGGAGCCAAAUCUAAUCUGCUAAAAAGCUACGAAUCCCUCUGUGACUGGCGUUUUGUUUUUGAAGUCCAAUUUCCUAAAUUAAUAGGUGAACUUGCUGCAAAUGGCGGAGUUUUAUCAAAUUGUAAUUUGCUUAUUAAAAUUGAUCAAGAUCUCAAAAUUCCCGCUGCAGUUUUUAACGGACCCGGUCUUGCAAAAAAAUUAGAAAAACAAUGCAAGAAUAUAAAUGAUAAUAUUUCUGAUCCCAAAGUAUUUUCCAAUCACAACAUUUCCAAAUGGUUUUUAUGUUCCCGCAAGUUUCAUUCCAUCGUGCAGUCUGGUUUUAUUCCGAAUAUAUAUUGCACAGGGUUAACUCCAACGAUUAUUGAUAUUCUUCUUUUCACGUAUAUUGCUAAAUUGACGCAAACAUCAACGGACGUUUCUUUUGAAAAUAUACCAGAAAUCAGACGAUGGACCAUUUUAAUGCUUUUGGCUUUUGAAGAUUUACUGGAUCGAAUAACUAUAAAUACUUCGCUUUUGAAAAAGAAAUUGAGAUAUGACAUCAAUUUACUGUCAUAUGACUUCUUUAUCCCUGAUACUGAUGUUGGUUAUGUCAAAAAUCCACCUCAAAUAAACCAGGGGCGCUGGCUGCCACGUGGCCUCUCGAAGCAAGAUCUGAUUGGCAUGGUUAUGAAAGCAGUGGAAAAUCCUUCUACCGAUGUGCAUCCCAAUUCAGACUGGAUGGCUCAUUUUAAUUGGAGCAGUUUGCCAGAAUUUGCUGAUGUGUCGCAUUUUGUUCCAGAAAAACGCACUGAUAGAAAACGAGAACAAAUCUUGAGCAUUGUUUCGGCUUGUUUGAAAAUAAGUCGGCCCGGUUUUGUCAUUGUAGAUUUUUGUUCAGGUGGCGGACAUGUUGGAUUACUUUUAGCUCAUCUGCUGCCAGAUUGUCAAAUAAUUCUGCUAGAUAACAAGCUGGAAUCUCUGGAAGAAGCCAAGAAACGCAUCCAAAUGGGUGGCCUUGGAAACAUCAAAAUGUUGCAUUGUAGUAUUGAACAGUUUAAGGGAAGAUUUGAUGUCGGAGUUUCGCUUCACGCAUGUGGUCCGUCAACUGACAUUGUUUUGUCGAUGUGUUACAAGCAAAAGGCGUCAUUUGCUGUCUGUCCUUGCUGUUAUGGAAACAUCAGAUUUGCCGAAAACUUCCAGUAUCCACGUAGUGGUUUAUUUAAACGAAAGGAUAUAAAAACGGAAGAGUUCUACUUGCUAACGAAAGGGGCCGAUAACUCAACUGAUGUCGAUCAAAGGAACGAUUGCAUGAAUCUAGUAGACUUCGACCGACUCCAAGAGGCAAAGGAGUUGGGAUACAAGUAUACUGUAAUGACAAAGCUGCAACCAGAAUCAUGUUCACCAAAAAACAAUUUGAUAAUGGCUUCUUAUAGUGAAUAGCUUUUCUAAUAAAACAUAAUGAAUCCAAUAAUGCCCAGUAUUUAGGAACAAUGCCCAGUAUUUAGUGUUCGUUUAAAUGGCGAAAUAGAAAUUAAAUCUUAUGCUUUCAGAUUAUUUUGAUGGCGACCAAGGAAAAUGAAUUAAAGGCCUCUGAUCCAAAAAGAUUGAAAGUAGAAACCGAAGAUAUUUUAGUGUCCGAGGUACCGUAUCUAUCUCUAACGGAAUUGACUGAUAACGUUUUGAACUGAUAUUUGUGUACUUGUCUCAGUCUCUAAACGAUUUGUUCUCUUUUUCGUGGUCUAGUAGAAAAAAUCUCGCUGUUGUAGAAAAAGCAGAUUUACAAUUAAGUGUCAUUUCGCAUGACGGAAGGGCCCAUUUUAAUUGACUUUUUUUUAUUAAGUGUCAUUAUUAAACCCGCUCCGAGAGAUGGAUUUAAAACGGGUGUAAAGUUGUUAACCUUCAUAAGACUGAGAACCCCGUGGAAAGUUCGGCGUCUUAUUAUUGAUUUCAAACGUACAAAAUUUGAUCCAGCAUGUGAUUUACGCGAUUUUAAAAAAAGAUAUAUUAGAAGAUUCCGAAUAUUUAUUAACAUCUUGCGCACUGAUUAUUUAUUCAGGAAUUGGUUCCUUGUACGUUGGCGAUGAAUCUUUUGUAAGAAUGAGUUACCUCAACGAUAUCAACAGCAAUUUGCGGUCCAUCGACAAGAAUAUCUUUUAUCUUUUGAAAAUUUGGACUUAAAUGCUCUACCAUUUGUAUAUUUCGAAAAUCUAGCGCAAGUUAAGAGAGUGAACUGUAUAAGACUUGUGUAUCAACGUGACCAUAUAGCGUAAAAAAUUUGUCCUAAUUAGAAGGUUUGUCAAUCAAGCUUUAGCAUCUUAGAAAAUCUCGUUAUAGCUGCCGGGCUCCGAGGAUAAUCGAAAUUACUAGGCAGAAGUUCCUAAGAGAGCUAAGUUUUCUAGACAGUUCGGAGCUAAUUUGCCGAUCGUUUCCUCAAACAAACGAAGUAAAAGACGAGAUUUUGUUGCCAGAAUUGAAGAUAUUCAGAAUUGAAGGUCAAGGUUGAAUGUUGGAAAUUGUCCGGUUUUGCUAAAAAGCCACGCACCAAAACUUAAAUUCAUGGUAAUAAACAGUAUCUCAGAACCUUCAGAUCAAAGAUUGUAUUUUGUUUUUCUCCCACACAGCCGCAGAACGUUUCAAUUAUGUUACAAUGGACUUGUUGAUUGUGGCUUGUCUCUUUUUUGUCUGAGCUGUUCAUCAUAAAUAUUCCCGCAUUUUCGCGAGAUCAGACUUCCAUCGAUUUUUUUUUAUCAAACGUUUAAAUGGUUUAUCAAACUUCUGACGCUAGUGCUAGAAAGGCAUGGGUUAGCGGAAGGACAUGUUACGGCAGUACUGAAAUUACUAUCCAGCUUAGUUCAUGUGGGGGUUUAAUCUGAAGUCCACUGGUGUGUUUUUUUUUUUUGACAACUGAACUUUAUUGUGGAAUUUUCUGAGCGGUCAGUUGUAUUUGUCCAAGUGUAUGUUCGUUUUGUCAAAAGAUUAAAGCUUUUUGCCCAAAUAUAGGCCGUCAAAAUAGUUAUAUUAAGAAUGUAUCAAAAUUUGUGCUACUUUUUUAAUUAGU